UUGUAGGCUCUGUCACUCUGCAUAUGAAUUUUGCAGCAGUACAGUAGACCGAUGGCACAUCGCACGUUUGCACGACGGUUCGUCAUCUCUCUGUUGCUGCUUCUUCUCGUUUUCCUUCUCUCUCUCAUUCUACUUCCUUGUUUCUCCAAUGAGAAGAGCCGGGAAAUUCAAAAGAUGGUAACAGUGACGUCAUCGGACGACACACUGAAACGCAAUUGCCGGUCGAUUCUGGUGCUCGGAGCUGCUACAUUGACCAGAUUCCACGCUUCUCGUUGUUUGGCGCUGCGCAAGAAUGUCGACGUUAUUGGAGUGGACAAUCUGCAUGGACGUGACAACCGGACGAAGACAGAGCGCGCAUUUGAUCUCUACCGGUUGGGCAUAUCAAUUCAUUCUGUCGACGUUUGUGAGGAAGGGUAUGUAGCCGAACUUGUGGAGCAGCACGGAGUGUCGUGUUUUGUGCACGUGAUUGAUGAUGAGGUCAGUCUGUCUGGAGGAGGUGGUGGAUAUGAUGUGGCUGCACAGUUUGAGUGCUUGGCUCACAGUCUUGAGAAGAUAGCAGGGAAGGUGAAAAUGAGCUGCAUUUGUUAA